AUGGCUACCAAUGGGAUAAGUACUUCGGUUUCAGGGCCCCGCGACGCCCAAACUGCUGCGAAGCCGAACAGCUUUUCGAGAAAGGGCUUCAAAAUCACAACACAAAAGCUUCCAAUUCUGAAGGCUGGGCCCAUUGAAGUCAUGACCAAUAAGCUUGGAAUCACACCGCCGGAGAUGAUAUUUGGCGAUAAUUUCGUGACGAUUGAACAUGCUGCCAGUGGGUGGGGGAUCACGUUCAAUGCAUUCGAUGCCCUGGACCGCGUCGACAAGACUGGUGCGACAAGGCUGCAAGUCGCUUACUCAAAGGAAUGGCAAAAGAGCAGGGAAAACACCCAUGAGGGAAUCAAGGAGAUAGUCAGGCCUUUUGACUGGUCCUACAGCACGGAUUAUAAGGGCACAUUGUACCCUACCGCGAAGCAAUUCGAACCAUCGACUGUCCCAAUACCCAUCGAACUACUCAAACGCCCCGACCCAAUUCUGUUCUUCGAUGAUGUGAUGCUGUACGAAGAUGAACUAGCAGACAACGGCGUUUCCAUGCUGUCUUGCAAAAUUCGCGUCAUGCCUGAGCGACUCCUCCUGCUCUCGCGAUUCUUUAUGAGGCUGGAUAACGUUGUAUUCAGACUCAGAGAUACUAGAGUCUACAUUGACUUUGACAAGCUGGAAGUAAUCAGGGAGUAUCAGGCUAGAGAACUCGGAUAUGAGGAAGUUCGACAGUUCACCGGCUCCAGGUCCUUUCGCGUCGCUUCUCGUACGUUUUCUGAUUUUGCUCCUGCGACCUUCCCCAAGUCGAGCUCCGAGUCCAAGUUGCGACCUUCGCACCCGGUCUCAAUCUCAAGAUGGCAAUGCGAUUCUCUCCAUUCAUUCCUCACGCUUCGCCGAGCCUAUUCGCAAACCUCAAGGUUCAAUUCUCGAAUAGCGCAGAGUCUAGUGUCCCGGUCGAGGAAUACGACUGAGACAUACGUCUCUUACGGUCUGACUCAGAAAUUGUUCGAAGCGUGCUCCGCUCAGGCAGAUUACCGAAUUCCCCAGGCGGCGCAGAAAGGCGCGGAGAUUCCGAAGACUGCCAGUGGUGAAGACCUCGGCGUAGGAGAAGGAUGGUGGUACAAUAAUCUCGGUCUCCUUCCAACGUUUUCUACCUGGUCCCAGGUAACUUUUUUACACAUGUACCUUCUCACCGUCCGUCUACGCGCACUACCGUCCGCAGAAAGUGUCCGGACCCAUUCCCGCCACUUGUUCGACCAUUUCUCUCACAAUGCUGAACACCGCAUGGCUGUGCUGCACGGUCUGUCGAGCCGGAGCAUUCGGAACAAAUACCUCAAAGACCUCUUCAUCCAAUGGAGGGGUGUCCUUGCCGCAUAUGAUGAGGGACUUGCGAAAGGUGACGCAGUGCUAGGCGCAGCGGUUUGGCGAAAUAUAUGGAAAGCAAGUCCGACGGGCCCUGACGGCAAGGAGAUCGACUGGGCGAAGGUCGCCUGUGUGGUGGCAUACAUGAGGCGAGUCCUGGUGGAAUUGUCUAGACUAGAUGAAGCCGACCUCAUCUUCGCUGUCGGACAGGAGUACUGUGGGCGCCCUCCCAUCUUCGGAUACAAGGAUGUGGACGAAAAAAUGGUCCGAGCGAGAUGA